AUGGCAGCUGUACUUAAGACCACGAGUUUUGGAAUAAUUCAAGGAAAGGUCAGCGACGCAGUCACGCAGUAUCUCGGGAUCAAAUAUGCCACACUGAAAGACAGAUUGGCAGACGCAGUGCCAAUCGACAGUCAUGAGGGCGAUGCUCUGAAUGCCACGAUUGACGGUCCUACUGCGGUCUCGCUUCCUAUUGGUUGUGAUCUUGAGUUGACGCAUGUCCAACAUACUCUGCCCAAGAAGGACCUUCCCCAAUCGGACUUGGAUUGCUUGAAUUUGAAUAUUGCCGUCCCUUCUGACGCGAUCCCUACUUCGCGACUCCCGGUCUUUGUGUUCAUACAUGGUGGAGGUUUCGUCAUCGGCGCCAAUUCUUGGCCCCAGUUCGAUUAUGCAAGAUUCGUUCAGCUCUCGGUCGAGAAGAAGCUACCCAUAGUUGCAGUUUCCAUCAACUAUCGACUGGGAGCCUUCGGGUUCCUAACAUCUGAAGAACUGCGUAAUGCUGGAUAUAAAGCAAACAAUGGUCUUAGAGACCAGCGGGUGGCCAUCGAAUGGGUCCGGAAGCAUAUCCACGAGUUUGGUGGCGAUCCUGAUAAUAUAAAUGUGGCAGGAAUGAGUGCAGGCGGAGCAUCCGUCACUUACCACUUGAAUUCCGAGAAACCACUUUUCAAGAGGGCCAUCGCAAUGAGCGGGACCUACUUCCUCAGCCAGCCGUUGCCCUACGACGCACACGAGCAGAACUAUCAGAAAGCAAUUUCCGCUCUGGGGCUGUUGGAUGCAACGCCUGCUGAGAGGAUCAAAGCUUUGCUUGAGAGGCCGGGCUCUGACAUUGUCUCUCAACUGCCACCAUCUAUUCUUGCCGCUCCUGCGAUUGACGGUGACGUUGUUCCAGCCGCACCCUCGCACGCGCACACAGGAAGUACAACCUCGGACGUCCCAAAAGGGAAGAACUGGUGCAUCGACCUCAUGAUUGGAGAUUCUCAGAUGGAUGCAAGCAUCAUCGCAUUCUUAUUCCCGCAUACCAAGAUUGGGUGCGCCAGAAAGUUCAUUAUGGCUCUGAAGACCGCGCUCCAGUCUCAACCGGCCGUGGUCGACGAAAUCCUGAAAUCGUACGGCAUUACUGAUGAAAGUGCCAGCGAUGAUGACGCUUACCCUGCCGUUCUGAACUAUAUCAAUGACGUCUUGUUCUUCACCCCUGUUCUGUCAUUCGCGCAAGGAUGGAAAGGAAACGCGUACGUUUACUACUUCAACGAGGGAAACCCAUGGGAAGGACAGUGGAAAGGCCGAACAAACCACAUUCUCGACGUUUCGUACCUCUUCCAGAAUUUCCGCGAGUUCUUGUCGGCAGAACAGCAAGCAGUUGGAACUGCGUUUGCUGAAGACUUUUUCAAAUUCUGCCACGGGCAGGCUCCUUGGCCCGCUAUCACUCGAGCAACUGUGACAGAAGGCUUUACAGCAAGGCGCUACGGGCCGUCCACGAAAUCCCCCUUUGGAACGGUUACCCAGGCUUUCGGGGGUGAAAGUCAGCGAAGACGAGAUCUCUACGACUGCACGGAGAAGGUUUCUCUCGAUGAACUGGCCAAUGACAGAUUGAUCGCCCUUUCUCUUGAAUAUUCUGCUUUCGACCUUUUGGAGACCGUACAUCACGACACGCAAUGCUUUCAAUCAUCUAGUAGUCAAUCAGGCAGCCGUUCUCGUGGAUCUGGCCACAGUCUGCUCUGCGCCCAUACUCAGCUGUCUUACAGAGGUCGCCAGAACUGCUCUAUUGGGUUCGACGCCUGGGCGCGGGAGCGGGAACAUGCGAAUGUACUCCUGGUAGAGUUGUGGUAUGCUUUCGUUGGUCGUUGUGCUUCAGAGUCCACAUUUGACGAACAUGUCUAG